AACUCAUUAAUAAACACUACAAUUCAACAAUGGAGGAUACCAAACCUGAUCUUUUCCAAAAAUUAACCAAUUACUGCGGAAAACCGAUGCUUUCUAACGUAACAGACGAAGAGGAUCCUCCGAAAUGGGAUUUUUAUCACGCUGUAUUUUUUUCGGUUACAGUUGUAACCACGGUAGGGUAUGGUAAUUUAGCUCCAACCACAAUGUUAGGACGAAUUGUGAUGAUGUUUUACUCUUUAAUCGGGAUUUCUGUAAACAGCAUAGUUAUGUUAACGUUAGGAGAUUAUUUCGGAAAAUCGUUUGUUAAAUUAUACAGACGAUGGAAAACUGCGAAAAUGGAAUACGAUACAACCCGCUUAGGUUUAAUCAGUCAAAUAGUACUUUAUUUAGUACCCGGUUUUACCUUUUUCAUAUUCCUUCCGGCUUUUAUUAUCAUGGCCUUUGAAGAAUGGGAUUAUGAUGUUGCCGUUUAUUAUUGUUUCGUUACAAUAACAACCAUUGGGUUUGGAGAUAUUGUUGCAG